AUGGAUGCCCGAUUUUCGGAACAAAUCCCCUACAAAUAUUUUCGCUGUCGUUUCCAAUGUCUGCUGAAAGAACAGAGUGCACCAAACGAAUACGUGGAUGAUCGAGCAACGUCUGGUAAAAUAUUGGAAGAGUGCGGCGCGUUUGCGCAUCGUUACCGGCUGGGUCUAAGCCAGGUCUUUCUGCGUAGCGAUUUGCUGGAUGAACUGGAAGAGCGUCGUGAAUUGAACUUAAAUGGCCUCAUCGAGCACUUCCAAGAAAUGUGCCGCAAAUAUCUUGCUGCAAAGUGGCUAGCGAAACGACGAGUGCAGGAGAUUGCAAUACGUUGUAUUCAAAGGAAUGGUCGUGCAUAUGGAAAGGUGCGUGAAUGGCCGUGGUGGCGUCUCGUCAUCCGUGUAUUACCUCUCCUCGUCGCCACAAGGUCCCACUUUAUGUGUUUUUGCUAUGCAGUGCUGUAG